UAAAGCGGGUUGUGGAGGAGAGCUCGGCAGGAGCAUGAUUCGACAUGGUUAGAGGUGAUGGCUAGAGACUCGAAACUGACCCGUCCCCGCCUCCUCUUCUAUCUUAUCCUAGGUUGGGUCAGCCUCACAAACAAAUUUCGCGACCUGCGUCCUCAUAAUAAUAGACACCGAUUGCCCGGCGCGCAGACUGACUUUCCUGGCUACUCUGUGAGAAAAGAGGACAAGGACACCUGGCGAGGGCUUGUGCGGAGACAUGUUAACAGUUGCGUUUGCAUUGAGCGUCAUCCUCACCGCUUUACCAGGCUCUGGGGGUAGUAAGUGGACUGUGUCCUUCACCCGGAGAGAGAUCUGUGUCUGGGCUGGGACCACUGUCACUCUCCCUUGUUGGUAUGACUACCCAUCAGGACACACUGUCAGGAGGGUGAUGUGGUUCAGGGUCUCUGGCCGGAGGGAGUUUGCCCACCACUCUGACUCCAACUUGGUUAGCAUGUCUUAUAGAGGAAGGACAAAGUAUACAGGCAGCCAUAAAAGCUGUGGGAUCCAGAUCACCAAAGUGAACCUUGGCGAUGCUGGACAGUACCACUUCAGGUUUGAGACAGACCACCCACAGGGACGAUGGACCUCCCCGGACACCGUCUCGCUCUUUGUCACAGAGCUUCAGGUUCAGGUCCAUCCUGCGAGGACAGCCAACAUGUUUGGGUCAGGAGAGACAGUGUACCUGGGCUGUAUGGCCAGAGGCUGUGCUGCAGAUGGGAGGAGUCUUGCUCUCUACAGGAACGGCAUCAACCUGGGAUCACCUGAGAAGUGGCUGACCAUCUACAACUUUGACAGCCAGCACGCUGGUACCUACACCUGUCGCCCAAUCCCCCCACAGAAUGUCCAGUCUCCGCCGCUGGCCUUGGCUCUGGGACAUGCUCCUCGUUCCACAGUGAUUGAGGUGAGUCCCAUGGGUGUGGUAGUGGAGGGGGUCUCUGUGACUAUGACCUGCAACAGCAGUGGGGCUCCGGUGGUGGAGAGCUAUGCCUGGUUUAAGGACAGGGAGAGUGGCAGCAUUCCAGACAGCUUCAGACCCCAGCUCCACCUGAAGAGGGUGUCCCACACCGACCGGGGAGAGUACUUCUGUGUGGCACGCAACCCACUUGGUACAGAGAGGUCCAAACCUGUCCUGCUCAACGUCACAUACUCUCCAAAGAGCACCAAGGUGUUGGUUAGUCCAACAGGAGACAUCAAGGAAGGCUACUCUGUCAACCUGACCUGCAGCAGCAAGGCCCACCCCCCAGUGGACCGCUAUGCCUGGUUCAAGAUCAUGGGGGGUCAGACCUGGGCCAAAGGGUCAACACAGAACCUCUCCUUCUCCAGCGUCCGCUCACAGAACGGAGGACAGUACUACUGCACGGCCUGGAACCAACAUGGACAGGGCAGCUCCUCUGUUUUCACCCUCGCCAUUCUCUAUGCCCCUAAGAACACGUCUGUGUUUGCGCAGCCCUCCAGUGUGAUCGACGCGGGCCGUCCUCUGACUCUGACCUGCAGCAGCCAGGCCAACCCGGCGGUGGACAACUACACGUGGUUCAGGAUCAAUGCGGCUGACGCCUGGGUAACGCGAUCGGGCCCAAGCUACACCUUCGCUGAGGUCAGCCCCGGGGAGAGCGGCCAGUACUACUGCGAGGCACGCAACCGUAUCGGCGUCCACAGCUCGCCUGUCCUCACUGUCAGGGUCAGAGGCAGACUGAAGGUUAUCGCCCUGGCCUCAGCUGUGGGCGUAUCUGCUGGUCUCAUCACUCUCACUGUGGCCGUCAUGAUCAGCAAAAACAUGCACAGAGUAGACAUGGAAUAUCCAGAGGAAAACGAGAAGAGGCCAUCGGUGACAGCUGACACCCUGUUCUACGAGUCAGUCCAGCAGACCCUUCAGUUGAGGACUGGCAAGAUGGCCGACAUCCCGGAGGAGCCAGAGGAGGUGUAUGAGAGGGCCCAUCCCUCCAUCGUACCCCUGAAGGAUGCUCCACCCUGCACAGAGGCAGACAGCAUCCUCAACUAUAUCACUGUGCAUUACUCCAGGAUCCCAAGUCUGGACCAGAUUCAAGUUACAAAUGUACCACUGGAUGGCGAUAAAGAGCCAAAGGAUGCUGCCAAUGUUGUUUACACUGUCCUGGCCAGACCACACCAGUAGUAGUGCAGAUGAGAACUGUAGCUCCAAAUGAGUGACAUCGCCAGAAGGAUCUCUACCAUCAACCCCUGAACUGUUUCUGAGCUGGACUGCUCACUCUAAGCCAAUUUACUGUUUAUCUAAUUUACUACAAAGUCUAAUUUACUAGGAAUAGUUCAAGUAGUUACUUGUAAUUCAUUUGGCAUUAUAAGUGGCAUUAUAACUCAUUUAUUAGCAUUUAACGUUUUACUAGUAGUGGCCAGAUAAUGAAAUAUUCCGAUAUCAGAAUCAUCCUUAAAAUGUAUCUUUUUCUCCCUCAGAAGGAAGUCAUUUUGGACAUUUUCUCUCUGGGUUCUCUCUAUCUCCUCCAUAAGAUAUCAUUAAAAUGUAACAUACUUUAAAAAUGAAGUUUGGUAUGCAUCAUCACUCAUGCUAGUCUUAUGGAGAAUGUGUGUAAAUGUGUUACUGAUCAUAUCUUAUGUUUAGGGUAUGGUUGGUAUGUCCCAAAUUGCUUGUUGAAAUAGCUUUUUGUCAAAUAAACAUUUUUAAAUGAAGAAAGAAUUGCUAGAUGUAUUAAAGACAUGUAUCAGGUAGACACUUACCCUGUUUAUUCUGAUCUAUCAUGCUGUGGAUGUCAGUACUGAGUUAUUGAUUAAUUAUGUACAUAUGAACUGUGUACUACUUUUCAUAACAGAUGAACACGGAAAUACUGCAGAGGUCAGAGGGGAUAUAGGAGAAAGACAAGCACCGAAACAAAUUAUUAUUAUUAUUGUUAUUAUUAUUAUCAUAAUCUCGUCAACAUACUGAAUGUCUCUAUAUCACCAAAUCUAUUCCCUGCUUACAUAGAAUAUUUACAUGACCUUCCCUGUCAACCUUCAG